UCACAUUGUUAGUGUCUGCUUUUUGUCAGCAAACAUUGUAUACAAUCUGCUUCCUGCUUCUCACAGCUCUUCCAGAGAGCAAGCUUAUAGCUAUGGACUGGGCCCAGGGACUGGCCAGCUUGGCUUUCAUUUCACUGAUAAUUCUACUGGUCAGAAAUGUGUUUGGGAAAAGACAAGGUCUGCCUCCAGGUCCCACACCGCUUCCGCUGCUGGGUAAUCUGCUGCAACUUAAAAGCAGAGAGACACACAAGCCCCUGCUAGAGCUCAGCAAGAAGUAUGGACCUGUGUACACCAUGUAUAUUGGCCCGCGGCCCGCCGUGGUGCUCUGUGGCUACCAAGCUGUGAAGGAAGCUUUGGUGGACCAGUCAGAGGUUUUCAGUGGCCGAGCAGAAGUCCCAAUAUUAGACCUGACCAGCGCUGGAUAUGGUAUUGCCUUUACCAAUGGUGAACGAUGGAAGGAGCUGAGACGCUUUUCCCUAACCGCCCUGCGUAACCUUGGGGUGGGAAAGCGAAGCAUUGAGGAGCGAAUUCAGGAGGAAGUUUAUAGCCUGGUGGAAUUUUUCAAGGAAACGCAAGGGUCUCUGUUCAGCCCAGCGUUCUUCAUCCGUCGUUCUAUUUCUAACGUGAUUUGUUCGGUGAUGUUCGGGAAGAGGUUUGAGUACACUGAUCAGAAGCUGCAGAUUCUGCUGGACCUUGUAGAGGAGAAUCUAAGGCGUGUGGACAAUAUAUGGGUUCAGCUGUACAAUUUUAUACCCUCAAUCUUGAAGCACCUACCAGGCCCUCACAACAAGUUGCGCGAGAAUUAUCAGCAGCAGUUGGAGUACGCAGACGAGAUCGUGAAGUUACAUGAAGAAACUCUAGAUCCUGACAAUCCCCGCGAUUAUGUUGAUGCUUUCCUCAUUAAGAUGCAACAGGAAAGAAAAAACCCUCACACUGAAUUUAUUAAACCAAAUCUCCUCUCAUCUGCUCUGGAUAUAUUUUUUGCUGGACAGGAAUCAACAAGCAGCACGUUGUCUUAUGGGCUCCUCAUUCUUAUGAAGUAUCCACAUGUAAAGGAGAAAUUGCAGCAGGAGAUAGACCACGUGAUUGGUCGAUCCCGUAAACCCAGUAUGGAGGACCGUUCCAAGAUGCCAUAUACGGAGGCCGUUAUCCAUGAAGUCAUGCGAUUUAUGGACUUCCUUCCUCUGGGAGCACCACAUUGUGUUACCGAGAAGACCCAGUUCAGAGGGUACACCAUUCCCAAGGGUACAUUUGUCAUCCCCGUUCUACACUCUGUGCUGUUUGACCCUUCUUUGUUUAAGAAGCCCUAUGAUUUUGACCCUGGACACUUUUUGGAUGAGAAUGGCAUGUUUAAGAAGAAUGAAGGUUUCAUGGCAUUUUCUGCUGGAAAGCGAAUUUGCCCUGGAGAGAGCCUGGCUCGAAUGGAGCUCUUUCUGUACCUCACCACCAUCCUUCAGACGUUUGACCUACGAUCUGCCACACCUCCAGAGGACAUUGACCUCUCCCCAGAAUACAGUGGAUUGGGAAAGAAAGCACCAACAUACCAACUAAGUUUAGUUGCCUAUUAAAAAGUUUCCUUCUUUAGACAUAGAAUAACACAAUUUAAUGAGAUUACUUUUAUUUGAUUGACAUCUUAAUAUCUUAUUUUAUAUCUUACUUUUACUCCUCAUGACAACAUAUCUUACAGUGUGCCAAACAAGUACACAUGACAUAAGGACAUUUCUACUCACUCACAUCUUUUGUUUGUACAAAAUCACAUCACAGAAAGAUCUAAUAAAAAUCACAUGAAUUGA